AUGUGUAUGCGUGUGAAGCGUAUUCAGUCGGUACCACUGGUGAUUGGGCAGUUUUUGGAGGCAGUCGAUCAGGAUCAUGCGAUAGUUGGGUCGACGACGGGUGAGAUUUUUGGUUUUGUUGUUUGUUGUUUGGUUGGUUCGAACUAUUUCGUGCGAGUGCUAUCAAUAUUGGAUCGUGAGCUGUUGAAACCGGGUUGUAGUGUGGCGCUGCAUAAGUACAGCAAUGCGUUGGUGGACGUUUUGCCGCCUGAGGCCGACUCGACAAUACAGAUGCUGAGAGCUGACGAGAAACCUGAUGUAAGUUGGUUGGUGACAAAAUGGACAGAAUUUGACAGAAAUGGCAUGAUUGGGAUUUAA